ACUCUUAAAUUUUUACAGUCUGAUAGUUUUUUUUGAGUUUGCUACUGUUCUCUGUUGUAGUGUGCUGAAAUAAAGGUAAAAUAGUUGAGAUUCAAAUUGUUUCAAAGAAAUAGUAUUGCUUGUAAUGUGAAACAAAACUCUAGGCUCUUACACAUACCCUUUUUCUUGGCUCAUAAAAUCUAUUGCAGUUACUUGGAUGACAUGCAUUUUUUUCUGGGGAAGUAAUAUUUUUCUGUUUAUUUGUUGCAGUUAUGGUCAAAAAUCUCAAGUCUUUGAGGCAGAUGUUUGAAGAAUAGAGGAGAAAUAUAAAAGCUUUAUUGUUUUUUUAAACUCAAAAAUUUGUGGGCUGAGUUUGAAGUUUGUAGUGAGUCAAGAACAAAACAGAUCAGCAAUGCCAAUAAGGCAAAUGAAAGAGAGCUCAGAGCAGCACUUGGUGAUAAAAACUCACUUGCAAAACACUGUAAACCAGCCUCAGAAACAGCGUAAAACUGCGCAAAACGGCAAGGGUCCGCCACCACCAUCACCCCCAUCUCAAGAAACCCUGAACCAGGCUUCCCCUCCGGCGAAGAAUAGAGCAAGAAGAAGAGGCAGAGGUGGUAGAAAAUCUGAUCACGGUGAUGUUUGUAUGAGACCAAGUUCAAGGCCAUGUACUUUGAGUAAUAAGCCUUUGAAUCAAGCUGAUUGUUCAAAUGAGAUGGAGAUGAGGGUGGGAUUCCCUACUUCUAGCAAGUCUUUAAGUUAUGCUCACAGACCUGGUUAUGGUCAGCUUGGGACAAAAUGUAUUGUUAAGGCCAAUCACUUCUUUGCAGAGUUGCCAGACAAGGAUUUAAACCAGUAUGAUGUUACCAUAACUCCUGAAGUGGCAUCAAAAACUAUUAACAGGGCCAUCAUUGCUGAGCUUGUGAGGCUCUACAAAGAAUCUGACUUAGGAAUGAGACUGCCUGCUUACGAUGGUAGGAAGAGUCUUUACACAGCUGGUGAACUUCCUUUCUCUUGGAAGGAGUUCAUCAUUAAGCUUGUUGAUGAUGAUGAUGGAAUGAAUGGUCCCAAGAGAGAAAGACAGUAUGUAGUGGUGAUCAAGUUUGUUGCAAAGGCCAAUAUGCAUCAUUUAGGUCAAUUUUUAGCCGGUAAACGUGCCGAUGCUCCACAAGAAGCUUUACAAAUUCUUGAUAUUGUACUGAGGGAGCUCUCAACAAAGAGGUAUUGCCCAGUUGGAAGAUCCUUCUUUUCACCAGAUAUCAGGGCACCGCAACGUCUUGGUGAUGGCUUGGAGUCGUGGUGCGGGUUUUACCAGAGCAUAAGACCUACACAAAUGGGCCUCUCAUUGAAUAUUGAUAUGGCAUCAGCAGCAUUUAUUGAGCCUCUCCCUGUAAUUGAGUUUGUUGCCCAACUUCUGGGCAAGGAUGUGCUUUCAAGACCACUGUCGGAUGCUGAUAGAAUCAAGAUAAAAAAGGGCCUUAGAGGAGUUAAAGUUGAAGUAACUCACAGAGGCAAUGUACGGAGAAAGUAUCGUGUCUCGGGCUUGACAUCUCAGCCUACAAGAGAACUUGUAUUUCCUGUUGAUGACAACUCAACUAUGAAGUCAGUUGUAGAGUAUUUCCAAGAGAUGUACGGCUUUACCAUUCAACACACACAUCUACCGUGCCUUCAAGUAGGAAAUCAGAAGAAAGCCAACUAUCUGCCUAUGGAGGCCUGCAAAAUUGUAGAAGGGCAACGGUAUACAAAAAGGCUGAAUGAAAGGCAAAUUACUGCGCUAUUGAAAGUUACAUGCCAAAGACCGAGAGAUCGGGAGAAUGACAUCUUACAGACAGUUCAACAAAAUGCGUAUGAUCAAGACCCUUAUGCUAAGGAGUUUGGAAUCAAAAUCAGUGAAAAGCUAGCUUCUGUUGAGGCUCGAAUUCUUCCUGCUCCUUGGCUGAAAUAUCAUGAAACUGGAAAAGAAAAGGACUGUUUGCCUCAGGUUGGCCAAUGGAAUAUGAUGAACAAGAAAAUGAUUAAUGGAAUGACUGUAAGCAGGUGGGCAUGCAUUAACUUUUCAAGGAGUGUGCAAGAGAAUGUUGCUCGUGGAUUUUGCAGUGAACUUGGUCAGAUGUGCCAAGUGUCUGGCAUGGAAUUCAAUCCAGAACCUGUCAUCCCAAUAUACAGCGCUAGGCCUGAGCAAGUUGAGAAAGCUUUGAAGCAUGUUUAUCAUGCUUCCAUGAACAAAACCAAAGGAAAAGAACUGGAGCUUCUAUUAGCUAUUCUACCUGACAACAACGGAUCCUUAUAUGGUGAUCUCAAGAGGAUUUGCGAAACUGAUCUUGGUUUACUUUCACAAUGCUGUCUUACAAAACAUGUCUUUAAGAUCAGCAAGCAAUAUUUGGCUAACGUGUCGCUGAAGAUUAAUGUUAAGAUGGGCGGCAGAAACACUGUCCUUUUGGAUGCUAUCAGCUGUCGAAUACCAUUAGUUAGUGACAUACCAACCAUUAUAUUUGGAGCAGAUGUGACUCACCCGGAGAACGGGGAGGAUUCAAGCCCAUCAAUUGCAGCUGUGGUAGCCUCCCAGGAUUGGCCUGAAGUGACAAAAUAUGCCGGAUUAGUUUGUGCGCAGGCUCACAGACAAGAACUUAUACAGGACUUGUACAAAACGUGGCAAGAUCCUGUUCGUGGCACCAUCAGUGGUGGCAUGAUCAGAGAUCUUCUGAUCUCCUUCAGGAAGGCAACAGGACAGAAGCCUCUAAGGAUUAUAUUUUACAGGGAUGGCGUUAGCGAAGGGCAAUUUUAUCAAGUUCUGCUUUAUGAGUUGGAUGCAAUUAGAAAGGCGUGUGCUUCUCUAGAACCAAACUAUCAACCACCAGUUACUUUCAUUGUCGUACAAAAGCGACAUCAUACCCGACUGUUUGCUAACAACCACAGGGAUAGGAGUAGCAUAGACAAGAGUGGCAAUGUAUUACCUGGCACUGUAGUUGAUACUAAAAUCUGUCAUCCAACGGAAUUCGAUUUUUACCUGUGUAGCCACGCUGGUAUUCAGGGUACAAGUAGGCCGGCUCACUACCAUGUUCUUUGGGAUGAGAACAACUUCACCGCUGACGGAAUUCAGUCUUUGACAAAUAAUCUAUGUUACACAUAUGCAAGAUGCACACGCUCCGUAUCUGUCGUUCCUCCAGCAUAUUACGCACAUUUAGCUGCUUUUCGUGCUCGGUUUUACCUUGAGCCAGAAAUAGAAAAUGGCUCAACGGGUACCAAGGGAACACGAGCAGCAGGAGAAACCGGAGUCCGGCCAUUGCCAGCAUUGAAGGAAAAUGUGAAGAGAGUAAUGUUCUAUUGUUAGGAGAAAGAAAAAACGAUCCGUUGUAUAUGUAACUCGAUACCGGCAUGAUUGUAAGGUCUUCCAUUCCAGGCUGCUAAUUAGAUAGUCUUAAAUCCCUUAUGAAAGAUAUGUUAAAUUGUAGGGCUUGUAAAGAAAUGUUUAAUUAUGAUCAAUCUAAUAUAUGUAGGAAUUUUAGUUGGCCUCA